AUGGCCGAGUGGAGCUGGGUGGUGUACACGCUGCUCGAGGCUGUCAUCGUUGUAGCCUGUUGCCUUGGAAACCUGUUGGUGGUGUUCGCCGUGUGCGUCGGCGUCCGCGACUCCCUGCGGGAGCCCACCUUUUGCUUUCUCGUUUCCCUGGCGGUGGCUGAUUUCCUGGUCGGCGUGGCCGCCGUGCCCCUGGCCGUGGUGUUGGACGGUUGGGCGAGGUUGACCCCUGACCUCUGCCUGCUGCUCAGCUGCGUUGUGUUGGUGCUGACUCAGGCUUCUGUGCUGUCGUUGUUGGCGAUCGCUGUGGACAGAUACCUGCGCUUACACAUGCCGCUCAGGUAUAAAAGUCUGGCCACACAGAGACGCACAUGUUUGGUUGUCUCUGUGUGUUGGCUUCUGUCUUGUCUCCUGGGCUUCACUCCCUUGCUCGGGUGGAGAAACUGCCCCUCCUCCUCUUCUUCAUCUUCUUUACCACUUGCUCCUGCUUCAAACUCCUCCUCCUCCUCUAUCAUCACAUCUCCUCCACCCUGCACUUUCCUCUCCGUCAUCUCCCUCCCCUUCAUGGUCUACUUUAACUUCCUGGGCUGCGUGAUGGCGCCCCUGCUGGUCAUGAUGCUGCUCUACGUGAGGAUCUUCUGGAGCCUGCAGGCUCGUCUGAAGGAAAGCUCUCCGCACCACGUCCACGCCUCCCUGCUGAGAGAGCGGAGGCUGGCCUGCUCCCUGGCACUGGUUCUGGUUCUGUUUGCCGGCUGCUGGAUUCCUCUGCAUCUGAUGAACUGUGUGCUGCUGGUCCACGGGCCUCAGGCCGUCACGCAGGGACUGCUCUACACAGGAAUACUUCUGUCUCACGCCAACUCCGCCAUCAACCCCGUCAUCUACGCCUACCGCAUCCCCAAGAUCCAGCAGGCCUAUGCUCACAUAUGGAGGCGCUUUCUGCUCAGGAUAAACUGUCGCCAUGGAGACAUGGAAGGUCAAAGGUCAAUGAGGAGCAGCCAAGGCGAUCAGAGGGAGGCAGGAGGGACAACUGAGGACUGAGGACAUGGUGGGAGACACUGGGAGGAAACGUCAAAUACUGGUGGUGUAACUCAACUUACUACCAGAAAACAGACAAUCAGAAAAUACAUCGUCAUAAUUAUGAGGGAAAAGUACAAUUAUGACCUUAAAAGACAUCAUUAUGAGACGGUGUAAAAAAGAAAAUUAAAAUACUUUUGAGGGGGAAAAAAAAACAUGAAAA